AUGCGCGAGCGUUUCCUGCAGUCGCGCAUGUGGCUCAUCGAAGAAGCCAAAGGCCACGCCGGUCGCCACGACCUGUCAUCUGCCAUUACCAAGCUCGAAGGCGGCGCGCAGUCCAAGAUGAAGCAGGUCACGGCGAUUAACCAGUUUACGCUUGCCCUCUUUUCCAUGUCGGCCCACGACUGGCCGCGCAUGCGCAAGUACUUUUUGCACUGCGUCGAGGUCAACACCUGGAGCGCCGGGCUCUACUACUACAUGGCCUGCGCCGCAUCGCUCGAGCUGUACCGCGAUGCGUCUGGCGAAACAUCGACUAAGAAGAAAUUCAUGGUGCGCCAGCUGCCGUUUGAGACGUUUGUGCAGCGCAAGGUGCAGAAAUGGGAAGCGCGCCGCCAGGAGCUCGGCGUGGACCUGGCCGAUGCCGUGGCUGUGAGUCCUGCGGUAGAAAUGAUGUUUGCGUGGAGCGGACCAAAGUGGAUGGCGCCGCGCGAGUUGGAAAAAGCGCAAGAGUGUCUCGCGUGGAGCAGGCUCACGGCGCCAGCAGACAAGCUGGAGAAGCUCAAGGAGCGAGAUGAGCUAGGGGUGCGCGCCGUGUGUCUGACGUCCAUUCUACGCGGCUGUAAUCGCCUUGACGAGGCCAGGGAGCUGCUCGAAGUAGAGGUUUUAUCUCAUGAUAGAAGCAUGUUCAAGGGCAGUCAUAAAGAAGACUACGUUGUGCCCGCCGCGAUUCAUGAAGUCGCCGCCACUGCGUGGGCUGAGUGCGGCCAGCCGCCCGCCAGCCUCGACGCGGCGCAGACGGAAGUAUAUCAGAGAACCAAGGUCAAGAAGUGCGAGGAGAAACUGGAAAAGGCGCGCGUGUGGGAAGCCUACGUCCUGGAUGCGCGGAUGGGCAUGCGGAUCCAGUGCGGGCUGGCGACGCUGGCGUGGUAUCGCAAGAAGAAGGGCUGGGCGGCGUAG